CACUACCAUCAUCAUCAUCAUCAAUAUCAACAUCGAUUCCAACAACAAUAAUCACUGCUACAAAUGAAACAAAAUCACCAAAAAAUAAUCGUUCAAGAUCUAAUUCAACAAUGCUCACAUCAUCAACAUCAUCGACAACAUCGUCAUCCACUUGUUCAAUAUCAUCAUCAUCAAUAACGCAACAACAACAGCAACAACAAUCAAUAGAAAAUGAUGGCCAAUCAUUAUUUACAGCUGGAAGCGGAAUUAGUAUCAGUAGUGGUGGUGGUGGUUUCACACGUUCUCGUGGUCUAGCAGCACGUGCACGUAAAGGUGCAUUGAAAAAGAAAACCAUAUUCGCUGUACAGGAUCAUAAAUUUCUUCCACGUUUCUUUAAACAGCCAACUUUUUGUUCACAUUGUAAAGAUUUUAUCUGGGGAUUUGGUAAACAAGGCUUUCAAUGUCAAAUCUGUUCAUAUGUAGUACAUAAACGUUGCCAUGAAUUUGUUGCAUUCAAAUGUCCAGGUGUUGAUAAAGGUCUUAUGGCUACGGUCCGCGGUGGACAACAACAACAACAACAACAACAACGGUCAGGAAGUGAUCGUGGUGAUCGUACUAGACAUCAAUUUCAAGUACAUACAUAUACAUCACCUGCAUUUUGUGAUCAUUGUGGAUCAUUAUUAUAUGGUUUAAUACAUCAAGGUUUUAAAUGUAAAUCAUGCGAUAUGAAUGUACAUAAAAAAUGUCAAGAUUUGGUACCAAACCUAUGUGGCUGUGAUCAUACUGAACGUCGUGGUCGUAUAUUAUUAAAAAUCUAUUCAAAUGAUGAACAGAAUAAAUUGAUUUGUGAAAUUAAACAAGCACGUAAUCUAAUACCAAUGGAUCCGAAUGGUCUAUCAGAUCCAUAUGUAAAAUGUAAAUUAGUGCCUGAUAAUGGUCAUAGUGUAAAACGGAAAACACGUACAAUAAAAGCAUCAUUGAAUCCAGAAUGGAAUGAAACACUUGUUUUUGAUCUCAAAUCGGAUGAUAAAGAUCGUCGUUUGUUGAUUGAAAUAUGGGAUUGGGAUCGCACAACACGUAAUGAUUUUAUGGGUGCCCUAUCAUUUGGUGUGUCUGAAUUAUUGAAAAAUCCUGCUGAUGGUUGGUUUAAAUUAUUAACACAAGAAGAAGGUGAAUAUUAUAAUGUACCUGUACCGGCUGCUGGCGAAGAUGUUCGUGUAUUAUUAGAUAUGCGUCUACGAUCUGUUACAUCGAAUGUAACAUCAUGGCAAAAAGGUGAUAAUGAUACUGGUACUGGUGAUAAUAUUAGUUAUUGUUCAACAUUAGACCAUGUUACUGUUGCCAUGAAUAAUCUUGGUCAUCAUCAUCAUCCAUUACAACAUACUGAUCAUCAUUCAUCUUCGAUACUAACAAAUCUACCACAUAAUAUGAGUAAACAAGAUGUGAUACGUUCAACAGAUUUCAAUUAUAUUAUGGUACUUGGAAAAGGUUCAUUCGGUAAAGUAAUGUUGGCCGAACGUAAAGGAACCGAUGAAUUAUAUGCAGUGAAAAUAUUGAAAAAAGAUAUUAUUAUACAAGAUGAUGAUGUUGAAUGUGCAAUGGUUGAAAAACGUGUACUAGCAUUAGCGGAUAAACCACCAUUUCUUGUACAACUUCAUUCUUGUUUUCAAACAAUGGAUCGUUUAUAUUUUGUCAUGGAAUAUGUUAAUGGUGGUGAUCUAAUGUUUCAGAUACAACAAUGUGGUAAAUUUAAGGAACCAAUUGCCGUUUUUUAUGCUGCUGAAAUUGCAAUCGGUCUAUUUUUUCUACAUUCAAGAGGUAUUGUUUAUCGUGAUCUAAAACUUGAUAAUGUAUUAUUAGAUCAAGAUGGACAUAUAAAAAUUGCCGAUUUUGGUAUGUGUAAAGAAGGUAUAUUUGGUGAUAAACGUACAAAAACAUUCUGCGGUACACCGGAUUAUAUAGCACCAGAAAUUAUACUAUAUCAACCAUAUGGUAAAUCGGUCGAUUGGUGGGCAUAUGGUGUAUUAUUAUAUGAAAUGUUAGUUGGACAGCCACCAUUCGAUGGUGAAGAUGAAGAAGAAUUAUUUGCUGCCAUUACUGAUCAUAGUGUAUCCUAUCCAAAAUCAUUAUCUAAAGAAGCAAAAGAUAUAUGUCGUACAUUAUUGGUGAAAAAUCCAGAUAAACGUCUUGGAUAUUCGCUAGAAUCCGGUGAAGAAGAUGUUCGGUCACAUCCAUUUUUUCGUCGUAUUGAUUGGGAUAAAAUUGCUAAACGUGAAGUACAGCCACCAUUCAAACCGAAAAUUAAACAUCGCAAAGAUGUUAGCAAUUUUGAUAAACAAUUUACAUCUGAACGUACGGAUCUUACACCUACCGAUCGUCUGUUCAUGAUGAAUCUGGAUCAAACGGAAUUUCUUGGAUUUAGUUAUCUUAAUCCAGAAUUUGUUCAGCAUGUAUGAUUGAUUGAUGAUAUUUUGAAUUUGAUUUUUAAAUAUCGUUAUGAAAUGAAUUUAUCAAUGUGAUAGCCAAUGUGGAUUUGGUUUUGGGCUUGAAAUUUUACAAUUAAGAAGUCUUCCAGAAAAGCAAAUGGAUUUGAAUUACGAAAUCGAUGAAAAAAACCGAUAAUAAUGAUAACAUUCGAACUAUCAUUGUGGCUAGAACGAAAAAAAAUAAUGUGUGCAUUGGCGAAAUUUUUCAAAGACAAAUUGUUUUUUUUCCAAAAAAAAA